AGAAAACUAAGACACAUAGGACUAGAAAACAAAGACCCAACUAGAAAACUAAGACCCAUUGAACUAGAAAACAAAGACCCAACUAGAAAACUAAGACACAUAAGACUAGAAAACAAAGACCAAACCAGAAAACUAAGACCCAUUGAACUAGAAAACUAA